CCUUGUUCUAACUUUUAACACAUCAUAUUUUGACAGUUUGCCCAAAUAAUAAAUUAAUAUUGCAUACGUAGGAGUUUUCAAAUCUCCUGGGUGUGGAAAAAGGCAAGCGAUAUCUCAUGUGCAUCAGUUUUCUCCCCUACCGCAGCUUAGGGUUUAGCCGUCAGCGUUGUGCCGUUUUUUUGUUUCUUCCUACCGUUAUGUAUGCAGCGUUUAAGUAUGAUGGGCUCAUCUUCUUCACUUGAGGAUCUAUAUUUUAAAUCGCAUCUUGCUCAGGAAGAGGAGGAGGGUGUGGAUGUUGGAGAAGCAAGCGAGACGGAGGCAAAGGGUGUUCAUACGUCGACUGGUGGGCCGGAUUCUUACGGACCGUCCAGUGAAAUUUACCGCCUUCAAGGAGACGAUGGCAAACGCCUGGAGGCCAGGAAAAGGGGUCUCCAUGAGAGACUUGGGUGGACAGAAAUUUUUGGUGCAGUUCUAUCACAAAUAUGACCUUUGUAGGGUGUUGGAUGACGGCCCCUGGUCGUUUGAUCGUAACCUACUUCUUCCGAAGCGGCUGGGAUCGUUUGAGAGCUCAAAUCAGUGUACUCUCACGCAAGCAACUUUUAUGAUUCAGGUACACAAUAUUCCUUUGAACUUGAUGACGUCGUAUGUAGCUGAAUUAAUUGGCAAUUAUGUGGGCAUUUUUGUUUCAGUUGAUGAAAAUAAUUAUAAGGGCCCUGUAAAAGUUUUUAUGCGUGUGCAUGUCUUAGUGGACAUUGCAAAUCCCCUGAAGCAAAUGAUGAAGUUGCGUAGAGGAAAGGAAUGGGUGUGGAUCGAAUUCUGGUACGAGCGGUUGCCCACAUUUUGUUAUAUCUGUGGCAGAUUGGGUCAUUCUGACCGUUUUUGUCCAGGUCAUGUAGGGGAACGGGGCAGUGAUCUGUCUAGGUCGUAUGGUGUUUGUCUGGUAGGCGGUGGUUAUUUCCUAAAGAAAAGGAAAGUGAUGGGGAUGAAGGUGGUGAUGGGGUUCGGGCUAUGCAGGUUUUUUUGAGCAGGAAGGUGGGGAAAGGGUUGUAAGGGAAAUGGAUAAGGUGGGGCACAUAUGGGUUGUUGGCAGGAGUGUUGUUUUGGGAGAAGGAGGGAAGGGGAGUUCGGUGGCAGGGGAAAAAAGGAGGCUGAACAUUUUGAAGUUGGCAGAUUGUGUGGGGUUGGAGAAUAAAGGUGGGGAGUUGGAGUUUGGGUCAAAUAAAGAAGAUUUAGCAAUGUUUCUGGUGCAAGGAGCUGCUAAGAGUUUAGAGAUGGUUCCAGAUGCUAAUCAAACUGGGGAGCCUAAGAAGAGAGAAGUGCUGAAUCUCCACGAGCAGGAAGGUCAUGAAGCGGGUGCAAUGAUGAUCGAUGGGGCAAAGAACAUGGAGAUUCCGGGAGAACAGAAGCGCAAGAGGGGGUGGAAGGAGAAGCUACACGAGGAUACGGGGGGGGGGGGGGACAAAAUGACUCUUUGACCCAAAAAACGAAGAGGCAACGGGUCCGAGUUCUUAGACCCGUUGGUCAUAUAUUGCUUUGUCAAAGGUGAUUAACUCAGAGUCUAGCCCAAGGGCGGAUGGUUACUUGUAGUGCAUUUCUUAUUUUAACCCCUAUCUGAAUGUUAUGAUUUUAAUCUAAGCCCCUUUCUUUCAAAAAAAAAAAACUCCUAUAUAGAUAGCCAAUAUAAUGUUUUUAGAAAUGAAUAGAUCCCCGUUCUUU